GAUCGCCAACCAACAUAUAAAUUAGUUACAUAUGAAGGAUAUGAAUUUCCUUUAAAACGAAAUCGUGCACAAACAAUAUUAAUCAAUCAAUUAAAUCUUUACGAAAAAUGUCAAAAAUAUCCAAAUACAACUAUUUUUGAUAUAGGAGCUUCUUUAGGAGAAUUUGGUUUGUAUGCUGCCGCGUGUGGAUGUCAAGUUUAUAUGUUUGAAAUAGAACCAAAAAAAAUUUCGUUAAUUGAAAAAUCUAUAUCAAUUAAUAAAUUUGAAUCACGUAUUAAUUUAAUAAAAAAAGCUGUUAGUGAUAUAAAAUCGAAUAUGACUAUUUAUUUUAGUAAAAAUAGUAGUAGUCAACUACCUUCUAAUAAUAACCUUAGUAAUCAAAAUAUUUAUUUUGGUCAAACAAUUAAUUUAAAUGAUUAUCCAUUUUCAUCACCAAUUUAUUUACUUCGAGUUGAUGUUCAAGGACAUGAAUUACAUGUAUUUCGAUCAACUGAAAAAUUCUUUCGUCUAAAUCUUAUAGAUCAUGUUAUUUUUGAAUAUACGAAUUGGGGAACACCUAAAACUGUUGAACAAGAUAUUUUUCAAUAUAUGAAACGUAUUCUUGGCGCCAAAAAAUUUUAUGCACUUCAUCCAAAACAACCAAUUAUUUAUGGACCUUUAACUGAUGAAGAUAUAAAUGAAUUUUAUUUUAAACAUCGUAAACAUCAUUUACAAAGAGAUAUAUAUGCACUAUUUAAAGAUGAACAAUUAUCUUUCAAUUCAACUCCUUACAAAUUUCAUUCAUCUUUUAAAUAA